GUCAUUUCGCCGUUUUCUGUAUAUUUCAACUCCAACUUGAUUUUCAAGAAGUUCCAGCUAUGGCGGCUAUUCACGAAUUUCUUCUUCUUUGGGAGUAUCGGCAUCGAUUUCGUUUUCCACAUGUUCUUCCUCUGCCGAUAUUGUAAACUGCUUGAGGAGACUUCUUUCCGUGGCCGCACCGCUGAUUUCUUCUUCAUGCUGCUCUUUGGCGGAGUCUUGUUAACAAUGGUUGCUCCCUUCGUAAACAUCCAGUUUCUCGGUUCUUCGCUGACAUUUAUGAUGGUGUACGUAUGGGGUAGGCGCAACCCUAAUAUUCAAAUGAGCUUUCUUGGGUUGUUCAACUUCACAGCACCUUACCUUCCUUGGGUCCUCUUGGGAUUUUCGGUUCUUCUGGGAAGUAGCCCUGUGGUAGAUCUUCUGGGAAUGGCGGCAGGACAUGUGUAUUACUUCUUGGUAGAUGUUUAUCCAAAGAUUUCUGGUCGCCAGCUGUUGAAAACUCCUGGCAUCUUGAAGGCGCUUUUUCCACCAGAUGAUGUGGUGGUUGCUUUUACUCCAGAAGAGGCAGGGUUUGAUCAAGCAGCUGGUGUUAAUGGGCACAUGUAG